GGGGUUCCCGGAGGGAGGGGUUGUGGUGGGGCUGCUUCUCCUUAGUAACAGUGACAAAACAAGCCGGCCGAGGACGAGAGAGGAGCUUAAACACUUGCUGCUCACCACUGACAGAUCCUGUGUGUGUGUGUAUGUGUGUGUGUUGCGAUGAAUUAACGAUAAAGAGCCUACAGGAAAAUAAUCCGGAGGGGAGUCAGGGUCAAAGGAACGUGGACAGGAGGUACAAGAGCAGAAAAGAGCAAGACAGGAGAAGAAAAAAAGGAAAAUCAAAAAGUCUUGGACACAUCCCGGACCUGGAAGAUGUGUGGGUGGGUGUGAGUAGUGUGGACGUGGCCAGCCAGUCCCCUGAGGAGGGCCCAUCAGUGGCAUCAGGGAUCAGGGCAUCUUCACACAGUGUUCUCUCACACCUUCGUUCAGCGUUCCUGUACUUGUGGACGUCACAAUGAACCCCGAGACUCAAUACGAGGACUCCGUGUCCAUCAUGGUUCUGGAGAACAUCAAGAACAAACUUCUGCACGCCUUCAGAACAACAGCCGAGCCAAGAGCCUCUCCAGAGAGCAGCACAGACCCCUUCAGCUCCAGCAGGAGUCUGCAGGCUAAUGAAGAACUUCGGAGAGCCAAGAUCGAUGGAGCCAUUAGCUGGCUGCGUUCAGAACUGCUGGAGAUGCGCUCUCAGGACCGGCAGCUGGCCCAGACUCUGCUCGGCCUCAACACUGAGAUCCAGAGACUGCGGCGGGAGAGCGACCCGGUUCUACUGGACUCUAACAGCACUGACCAGCACUGACCAAGCACAGGAGAAUCCACUUCAGCUGGACAGACUGACAGGCUUUCUCUGCACAUAGUGUUCUGCUUUCUGUCUGCUUUUUGAAGCUACAGCAAACAUAAGGGUUCCUCUAUGGUUCUGGAGUCAAAAGUGGUCUUUCUCCAAUUACACAACUCCAAUAUACCUUAUUUGGUACCUUUAUUUAAGAGUGUACUUGAGUUGCUAAUGCCAAAAUCUGCAUUCACUCCUUCACCUUUUUCGCAUUUUAUUAUUUGCUUUUUUUUAAGGUGAUUUAUGUGAUGAUAUAAUAUUGCUUAUGAAACAAAUGAAGCAUGCUUUAUUAUGUGAAGAAAAAUGUAAAAUAUGAUAAAUGAAAUGAAAAGCAGCAUGAAUGAAUGAAGUUUAUCUGUCUAUAAGAAAGGUUUGCACUUGUUUAGAAGUACAACAGUAAGCACAUGCCCAAAACACCUUACAUUAUAUUUGUAUAACUGUAAAUCCUAACACAGAAUCUAUUCUGAAGUAUUUGGUAACAGAGACCCACAGGGUUCUAUAUUAGGGUUUAUGAAACGGAUGUUAAGUAUGAGAGUAAUGCAGUUAUAAGGGUUAAGAGCUGAAGUACAGGGGUGAAGGAGAUAACUUGCAUCAAAAGCUAUGCUAAUGCUUUAUUUCCUAUAUGUUGUUCUCUAUUUUGGAGAUUCAUGGUUUUGUUUGUACAGUGCUUAUUCUUAGAGCAUGCUAUUUUGUAAAGCAGUGUUGCUACAGAUCAUAAAAGAAAUUGCCACACCAUUGAAUGAUUGAGUCUUUUAUAAUGACAUUCAGUGUGUGAUUUCUGUCCCAGAGAAUUUACAUAAAAUGCACAAGUAUUUCCAUCUUCACAAUCAAAACAGUGUCGUCACAAGAUCAUCCUCAGUACAGUAAAAACAACAGAUUUAGGUACUGUACAUGUCCAUGUAUUUAUCUAGUAAAUUAAUUUCAGUAAUUAAUGAAAAUUAGCAUGUUCUUGUCUGGGUUGUCAACUUGGAGUUAUGUGAUUUAUAUGCCAAUCAAAAUCAAUACAGAUGAAAUCUAAAAGAAUAUAAACAUAUGAUGGUACCACAAACCUAUUCUUCUCUGUUCUUCAAUUCCUCUUAUUUAUCCCAGUCAAACACUGGGCUACCCAUUAAUUAUUUAUGGGUAAGUUACAUUAAACAUCUGAACAUAUCUUGACACUCCUUUUUAAUUAAACUGGCCACUCUAAGAUGCAGCCACUUCUAAUACAACUGUAGUAUUGCACACAUAAUGCAUGUAUUACUGUAUUAUAAUUGUAUAAUAUUUGAAAACAAAGUAUUGUGACACAUCCCUUAAUCAUCAGAUUUAGCUAAAUAUGUGUGUUAAAGCUGCAAAAGAGUUACAACUCUUAAUGUCUUUAGAAUAGGAUGAUAUAUGCUCCCAACAGCUUUUGUCCACCUAGUAGAAUGGAAUGUUCUGGAUCUGGAGAGAACACAAUUGGCCUUGUUCUCUCUGGGGGGGUAGAUGGAACUCUUUCCCCUCAUCACUCCAAAGGGUGAUGUCGAUCAGCACAAGGCGUCUGUGAGCUGAUGUAUCGGAACCGAGUUGCUGCGCUUUUCUCCGAGUGCACUGUGAUGCUACUCGGUAAUGCUACAUCAGCAGUAGUUUGAAAAGAGGCAGCUGACUUUGCAUGUAUCGGAGGAGGCAUGAGCUAGUCUUCACCUUCCUGGUGUUGGGGCAUCACUAGUGAAAGGGGAAGUCCUAAUGAGUGGGUUGAAUAAUUGGAUGUGUAACUUGGGGAAAAAACGAAAAAAAAAAAAAUUCAAAGUGCUACUUUGAAAUAUAAAACAUAAUUUGGCUUGUUUGACACUUUUUGUUUACUUCAUACUUGCAUAUGCAUUCCUUAUAUAAAGUUUUGAUGUCUCCAAUAUUAAUUUACAAUGUAGAAAAUAAUAAAAUAAAAUAAAAUAAAAACAAUAAAUGAGACUCUUUCACUAAUGUUUUUUUAAAGAAAGCCUGCAUGGCUAGUUGCUUAAUUUUAUACACCUGUGACUGACGAUAUGACUGAAUGAAUCAACUGAAUUCAGUGAUUAACAGUUGUGCUCCAACACUUUUGUUUAUUAAGUAUGGUGUGUGUGCAUGUGUGUAGUGUUAUUAACUCCCAAAGAAGUGUUUUUGAAUGUUGUUGUAUAUGCAUUAAUCCAUGCUUUACGAUUAUGAGGAUGACACUAGUUGUCUGUGAGGUAUAAGGCACAUAUUUGUCCAAGCAUUUAGCUACAUACACAUGACAUACUGUACACACAAACUUCUAUAUCUACAGAGAGCUCCAUCAAAAGAAAGCCUGUCAGUAAACAAAAUUAGGACAUUCACCACAGAGAACAGCAGCCUCUGUCCUCCAGAGGCCUUGUCUGAUUUAGAGCUGCGAUAACAUCACAAUUCACAUUCACGCAGCAUUCCGGCCUACUCUCAAUAUGAAUUACUGCUACUGAAACCCAAAGCAUGCACUUUUCAGAAUGCAAGCCUUACUCUAGUGUAGGAGUUGCAGUAUGACAAAAAAAGCACAGCAUUUGCACCCAUUUAUACUGUUUCACUAAAACAUUGGCUCUCAUACUGGUCCUCAGGGUCCCUCAGAUGGUCCACAUUUUUAAUCUAUGACUUCUAUAUUAGAAGUCAAGGUUGUCACACGGUAGCCCGUGUCUAUAUUGUGUUUUUCCUGUCCUGUUUUUCUUGCCAUGUGCUCCUAAGGGCUUCUAAGGUACUGUCUCCGCUCUAGCCCCACCUGUCUCAUCUGUAAUCCCUUGUGUAUAGUUUGUAACCUUGCACCCUUGAUUCCUUCCCCAGGUGUUCCUCACCCUUGUCAUGUAUAUAAGCCCCUUUAAUUCAGUGUUCCUUGUUAAGUCUUUUGUGUAAUUUGUAAUCCCUUGUGUCUGUAGUGUUUUUACUUGGUUUUUUUUUUUUUUGCGUUUCCUGUGUUUGCUUUUUGUUCAAUUUUUGUUCAAAAGUGGACAAAUUGUUGGUGCGCGUCUUGCUGGCGCAUCUGUGACCAAGACAGCAAGUCUUUGUGAUGUAUCAAGAGCCACGGUAUCCAGGGUAAUGUCAGCAUCCCACCAAGAAGCUGAACCACAUCCAACAGGAUUAACUGUGGACGCAAGAGGAAGCUGUCUGAAAGGGAUGUUCGGGUGCUAACCCGGAUUGUAUCCAAAAAACAUAAAACCACGGCUGCCCAAAUCACGGCAGAAUUCAAUGUGCACCUCAACUCUCCUGUUUCCACCAGAACUGUCCAUCGGGACAAUAAAUUAUUGUGGUCUAAAACCAGGUGUUUCAGUUUCAUUGUCUAACCCCUAUAUAUUGGUCAGGGCUGUAAAAACAAUAUGCACAGAAAUGCUUAUUGUGAUGUGAUUUAUCAUGAUAAUGAUAUCAUAUCGUCAAUUCACACACCUCUACCUUAGCCAUAUACACAUACUAUGAUUUCUCGCUGAAUGCAGGUAGUGAUGCGUCAGUAAGCUGAUACAUCGGUAAGCUGAUACGUCGGUAAGAUGAUACGUCAGGUGAUCUGAUACGUCAGUAUAGUGAAGUGUGAAUGGUGUAAAU